AUGCAAACACCACUUAACUCUUCAGAAACCAAAGCUGUCAUAUCAGAAACGCUUGAGAGGGAUCCUUCCUUCCUUCCUCCACCAGUUACAAAACAACCACACGUUCCCUCGAGAGACACGCGAAACAAAUCAUUAAGGGGGAGGGGAGAACAAAAAAAACAGAAAAAAAAAAAAGAAAAAAAAAAAGAAAAAAAGAAAAAAAAAAAGGCAAGUAAGGAACCAGGCUGCAACUCCAGCUUCCGAAGAACACUUGAAGCUCUCCUCUUCCUGAAGCCGCAGUCCAGCGGGAAGCGGCCGCCGCUCCGCGCAGACCUAGGGGCGCAGGGCUCCCCUGUCACCACUCCACAGGAAGGGAUUCUCCCGAGCCCGCGGCAGCCCGGGGCACGGCCGGCCGCCCACAGACACCAGCGCCUCGGGAGCAGGUCCUCCUCAUCCUCCCUGCCGCGCCUCCCCCUACACAACAGGUCCCCGCCGCCGCCUCAUGCUCCCCAGCGCCUCGGCCCCGCGGGAGGGAGGUUGGGAGGCAGGGGACAGGGAGGCUUCGCCGCCGCUAGAUCUCUGCCAGGACUUCUCCCUCCCCGCACCAUCGUCGCCGCCCGGCUCAGCGCCGCCGCGGCCGCUCGCACCCCGCCCCGCCGCAGGCUCUCGCCCACGGUCCGCGGCGGUGCCGGGUCCCCCCCCGCAUCCCGCCCCCUCCCCCGGCGCACAGGAGCGGCUCGCAGCCGGCGUCCCUGGCUUCGCUGUGCUCUGGCCCCGCAGCAAGGGGGAGGCGGUAACCACCGCAGCGCCGGCCGCCCGCCCGCCCGCCUGCGGGAGGAGCCGGCGGGGGACGGGACCACACAGGCGCGCACCGUCCGCCGCCCUCGGCCGGCCGGUCACUCAGCCGCUUCUUGGCGACAGGGCAGCAGGUCCCACGCACCAGCCGGCCCGACCCGGCCCUCUCCCCGGCCACUGGAGCGCGGUGACUGCACUAACUCUUCUCCAUCGCCACCUCCCCGCAGGCAGCCGCCCGCCGGCCGGGCUGGGAGCGCAGGGCGGCGAGCCGGACAGCGGGUGUCCGCCUGGAGCCCCGCUCCCGCUGCCGCCGCCUCCCGCUCAGCCGAGCCGCCCCCGACCCGCGCUCCGCUAAGCCGCGAGCGGUGA